AUGAAGUACAUUGACGAAAUUGACUUAGAACUAGUCAAUCAGGAAUUAAAUUUCACACUGUCUGACAACGCGUUGGAAAUCAGGGGAGGUUGCGAAUUAUUCACGACGAAACCAAUUGCCUCUGACCGGAAAUUAUUCAAGACCAUUGAUAAACAUUUAGACCAAAUUAUUGAAGAUAAUAUACUAUCUCGCUCAUUGGAAAGAGACCGACAGAGUUCGAUCACUUCCUUGUUUGGUACAAGCGGAAGUCCUCAAGAUGUUCGAAUACAAGAACAACAACAACAACAACAACAAGAGCAACAUCGUCAACGAAGGUCAAGUUCAAAUCUGGGGAGAAUUCAAUUUCACAAGUCACCGGUUCCUGAUACGAAGAAUGCUGUACAAACAGACGGCACUUCCUCAUUACUUUCAAAAUCACUAAAUGCAGCUGAUGAUAGUUUUACCGCUGAAGCAGACCAAGAGGAGCAUGCAAUUGACGACUCGCCAUUUGGUCCGUUGAAGAAUACUACAACAAGACGCACAUUUGCUUACCUUAUAGGUAUUUUGAAUCAUACAUUCCCCGAUCAAGACUUUAGUAAUCUUCAACCUGCUCAUGAUUUUAUCAAGGUUCCCACUUCGGAUUUAUUAACCAAGUUUGAUAAUUUGUUAUUAUCAUUGGGCAAGAAGAGUGACGUUCUACACUGGAUGUGGGACAUCCUUGACUCGUAUAUGGAAGUUUUACCCUCAAAAAAUUCUUCUCCAUACUUGGCAGCUCAAGAUCCAGACGGAAAUGACCACCAUGAAACGAGUACGAGUAGGAAAAAUAGCAUGAAUCUCAGCAGGCAUGGCUCACCCCCAAAUACUAAAGGUCCUAUGGAAACUUGCAGUAUUUACCUGUUUGAGCCUGCUGACGAGUCGAUCUUUGAAGAUAUUUCGUACCCUUAUCAGCCAAUGUGGAGUUAUUUCUGGUUCAUAUACAAUAAGAAAAGAAAAAGAGUAGCUUUUAUUCGUUUAAUAGCUAUCAACAAAGCUGACAUAGAAGAGGACGAGUCUGACGAUGCUAAUGACGAGGAUGUGGUUGGUAAUAUCGAGCUUACAUAA